UUGAACUCUUUUCAGAUGGAAACAUGUGCAUCCUGAGCACACUACUGCUUUUGUGCAACAUAGCCGUCCUCUGUGGCGCAGAGAGCGAUGUUCAGCUUCAGGACGACACGGCACCCCUCCAGGUGGAAUUCCAGUCAGUGAACUUCAGAAAUGUCCUACACUGGAAACACCAUUCCAAGGCACCGGGAGACCUGCAGUAUUUUGUGCAGUAUAAAGUGUACGGAGACAAGCAGUGGAGUGUGUGUGAGCCGUGCCAGGCUAUCCAUAAACUGCAUUGUGACCUGAGCCAGGAGACGUCUGACCCGCGCCAGUGGUACUACGCAAGAGUUCAGGCUCGAUCCUCUGAAGGUCUCUCACCAUGGGUCAUCAGCGCCAGGUUUCACCCUCAGUGGGACACCACUUUCAGCCCGCCAAAACUCAAGCUGAAUGUGACAGAGCAAGGCAUUGUGGUCUGGAUCAAACCUCCACGGACUCCUGUACAAGGACAGAGGAACAGCAAGGUCUCGGUUACAAAACUGCUGAACCUGAUCUUUAGGAUUUACCUCAUUUACGACGGGGUGGAGCAGAUCCACGAAACCAAAAGCUGCCCGAGGAAACUCCUGAUCGAGCAUUUAAGCCCUCGAACCACGUACUGUAUUCAAGCCGUGACUGUCAUGCCCCUCUCGGGGCUUACAAGCCCGAGGAGUCCUGAGUCCUGCAUCAGCACCCUGUAAAGUGUUACAACCUGCUACACUGGAUCUCGACAGCAGCGGAGACAUUUGAGACAACCAUCGCUGUCCAUCACACAGUCCUGCCUUUAUGUUUGUCCACACAGUCCACAGGGAGCAAUAGCGGGUUAGGGGAGGGAACAACCUGCACGCUACACACCAAAACAUCAUCACCUGAUAUCCAGGAAUUGCUCAUUUGGCAUAAGGUCCUGCUGGGAGCUGUUCAGAUCUGACAGAAAAACAGUUCUGACUGUAUUUAGUUUUUGAUCCAGGACAUGCUUUGUUGUGAUUUUUAGAGCAGAAAUGUUUUCAUCAUCACCAAGCUCUAGAACACCAACCAGAAAUGUCUAGAAAGAUUUAAUAUAUGUA